AUGGGUCUUGACGAAGUCAGAGCCGCUCUCCGAGCCAAGUACCCCGAGCUCACUCCAGAGGACUUCAAGACCACCUCUGGCAGCCGAGAUGGCCUCGCCAAGAUCGUCGCUGAGAAGAAGGGUGUCCCAGAGGCUGACGCCAAGAAGGAGAUUGACGAGAUCUUCUCUGCCAACGGCAUGUAA